CCUCGAUGCAGCCCACGACUUACCUCCUCCCGACGACGGCGACCGCUGGCUAUGCGAUUCCGGACAAGAAGCCGCGCCGCCACAUGAAGACGGCCGCCAUGGCCGCCGCGGGGCUCUGCCUCGGCGCUGUCCUCCUCUCUGGUGCUGCGCACGUCGCCCCGAAGGUGCUGAACCUCGUCUCGUCGCAUCCGGCACCCCAAGUCAACGUAUGCGAGACGUCACACAUCUUGACGUACGACCAGCUCCACUCGUGCGUGAAGAGCCUUCCGUACAACGCCACCGAGAAGGCCGAGCUCGUCGAAUUCUACCGCCGCGCGCUACCGCUCUAUGUCUUUGAGAGCAUUUCCAAGGAGGCGCAGGCCUUUGGCCCGUACGAGACGCCGGCCGUCGACCUGCAAAGCGAGCUCAAUGCGAUCGAGGUGACCGACUACGACAACGACGCCGACAUGCAGACUGCGUUCUUCUCGCUCAUCAACAAGCUCAACGACGCCCACACAACGCACGCCAAGCCGUACCCGUACUACAGCUAUUAUGCGCUGCAGCCCAUCUCGCUUCUGAGCAUGGAACGCCACAACCGUCAAGUCAUUCAGCUCCGCACCGUCGAUAGCGCCGAGGCCGAGACGUACCGCACGCUCUACCCGUCGACGCCGGUGGACUUUGACGUAGCGGGCUGGGACGUGCUGUCCAUCGACGGUGUCCCCGCCAUCGACGCCCUCAGCAGCUUUGCGGACGGCGUUGGGUUUCUCAAGGAUGCCGGUGGCCGCUUCAACUUGGCGGUUUCAGGCUACAAAACCGGGCGUGGUUGGUUUGUGUUCCGCUCCAUGGGCACGUUUGACGUGCCCACGCAGCGUCGUGUGACGUACGAGCUGCAGCACCCGACGACGCGUGCGACCAAGACCGUUUCGUACGACUGGUUGGCGCUCAACAUGGUCACAAAGGGCGACGACCAAUCCAAGCACAACAAGCAGUACGACACGCUCUUUGAGAAGCUCAAGGACCACUUCAUUUCGCACGAGCUGUUUGAGACGCCGCCCGCCGUCGAGUACAUUGCGUCGGUCGGUGAGAACGCGGCCGUGCUCAAGCUCAACGCAUUCAGUGGCAGUGACGACGAUGCGACGUUCGAAGACGUCUUUGCGGCCAACGUCACGUCGGCCUUGGCCCAGUUUACGGCCAGCAAGAAGGAAAAGCUGAUUGUGGACGUCACGGGCAACGGCGGCGGCAGCAUCUGUCUCGGGUACGCGACGCUGCGGUACCUCUUUCCCAACUUGGACUUCAAUGGGCCGCACGAAGCCAAGGGCCCGCAUCAGGACGGCGUCUACCGCGCGCGCCGCACCGAGUUGUCCGAGACGAUCGCCACGAUCCUCGCCACGAUGCAGGUCGAGGACCCGACGAGCACGGCCUUUUUGGCGCCGACGCAGUUUUACAGUCCCUCGAGUCAGCGCCAAUUCCGCGAUGCGACGUGGAUGACGAACGGGGAGUCGACUGUACUCGGUGAAAUGAGCCAGGGUGUCUACCGCGGGUGCGCCGAUACGUACGUCAAGUACUCCGCGCCCGGCGUCUCGUUUUCGAUUGCGCCCGAGAACCUCGUCGUCGUCUCGCAAGGCUUUUGCGGCUCGACGUGCGCAGUCUUUACGAGCUACAUCCAAGCAUACAACCUCGGGCAAACCGUCGCGCUUGGCGGCUACCUGCACACGCCGCAGCAACCGUUUGGCUUUCCUGGUGGCCAAGUGGGCCGAGUGUCGGCCUUUACGGAACUCGGCAAUGCCAUUAGCGGCGCGACGGAGCUUGGCAUCGACUUGAGCGCUGUCGUGCCGCAACCGCCGACGUCCGGCCGGUUCAACGACUUUGGCUACACGUUCUUGUCCAUCUCGCCGUGGAAAUCCGACAGCAUCGACACGUUGCCGCUCGAGUACACGUUUGUGCCCGCGACCCACUCAAUCAUGUACCCGAGCGACCCGCUCGACAAUGACGCGACCUACGCCAAGGUCCUCCAAGUCGCAUCGUCGGCCCAGCCAUAAUCUCGAUAACCGCAAACAGACGGCUACAGUGAUGCUGUGAUCAUAUGAACUAGAUUCCCCGUCUCGUUUAGCAUAGCUGCAUGCACACGCAGUCACAUAGGUGACAUAAGCGUUAUAAAGAGGCGUGACUUUGA